GAGUUAGUUCUAACCGAUUUAGUUGGUUUAGUAUUAGGACGAAUUAAAUACAUACAUUUUGAUCGAGGUACAUGUGCUUUGCGGAGUGCCAGAGAGAAAUUCUACGCAACGAUCGAACAUAUUUCAGAUGUUGCAAUCUGAGAUACGGACGUAAUAGACUAAAGUUUAAAUUCACAGGAGAAAAAGGACCAGAUGAACAUGAAGAAAACAUAUUCUGGCAUUGCGAGGUCCACCGGUGGAAGGCUGAGGAGGCCAGAGAGAGGAGAGGCAACAAGUCCUACUGGUACUGGUACUGCACUUAAGAGGUCAUUUGAAGUGGAGGAGGAUACAUCCACAAACCCUUCCCCUAUUACCCGUAGAACAACCAACCCUCUGCGCUCCUCCACCUCUUCUGCAAGCAGCCGCUUCUACGACUCGAGAUCCCUCAACUCCGAAUCCACCUCCAGGCACGCUUCGGAUUCGUCCUCCAACCAGCGCUCUCCAAAGUCCAGCCUGCGCCGCAUGGAGUUAUCAGGGGGCCGCAUCCAAGACGCUGGGUCACGCAGGACGGAGAUCUCCAUCGACAUAUCCUCGAAGCAGGUGGACAGCUCACCUAGUCCCGGUAUCGCCCGCUUCGGCUUAAAGAGACCUGAGGUCUCGCUCCAGAGUAAAGCCACAGAUGUGCCAGUUCACAGAAGGGCUGAGGGUAACCACAGCAGACCCCAAGAACCUCCAACACCUCCUAGGAGAGCCGACCCGCCAGUAUCUACAUCCCGGAUUCCCGAGCUGUCCCAGAAGCGAGCAGAGCCUCCCAGCCCUCUUGAGAUCUCAGCUCCAUCUAGACGGGCUGAGAUGCACAUUAACAGACAGCUGGACACACCGUCUCCUGCGAGGGAGUCAGAGAACAGCUUCACCUCAGCAGCCAGCAUCACUCCUACCUUCAAUGAAUACAAAACCCCUCCAUCAGUACAUGAAGCCCCCGCAAGGCCUCUAGAGAGGUCAGAGGUCAUUUCCAGCUACAGCAGCAGUAGCAGCAGCAGCAGUAGCAUCAUGGCAGAGUCUGUUAUAUCAGAGAUGCCCCCAGCCAUGUGCUUGGAGAAACCCAGCGUGGACUUCAGCUACGUGGGCAUCGAUGCCAUCCUGGAGCAGAUGAGGAGGAAGGCCAUGAAACAGGGCUUUGAGCUCAACAUCAUGGUAGUGGGUCAGAGUGGUUUAGGGAAGUCCACACUGAUGAACACGCUCUUCAAGUCUAAGGUGAGCCGUAAGUCUUUCCUGGGCACGGCUGAAGAAAAGAUCCCUAAAACCAUCGAGAUCAAGUCCAUCAGUCAUGAUAUCGAGGAGAAAGGAGUUCGAAUGAAGCUGACAGUCAUAGACACACCAGGGUUUGGCGACCAGAUCAAUAACGAGAAUUGUUGGCAACCCAUAAUGAAAUUCAUCAAUGACCAGUAUGAGCAAUACUUGCAGGAAGAGAUCAAUAUUGACAGGAAGAAGAGGAUCCCAGACUCACGAGUGCACUGCUGCAUAUACUUUAUACCACCCACAGGACACUGUCUUAGGCCUUUGGAUGUGGAGUUUAUGAGACGUCUUAGCAAGGUGGUGAAUAUCGUUCCUGUCAUCGCUAAGGCUGACACCCUGACUCUAGAGGAGAGGGAUUUCUUCAAAAAGAAGAUCAGGGAAGAGCUUCGAGCCAAUGGGAUUGACGUCUAUCCACAGAAAGAGUUCGAUGAGGAUGCGGAGGACCGAACAAUCAAUGAGAAAAUAAGAGAGAUGAUUCCUUUUGCAGUAGUAGGAAGUGACCAGGAGUACCAGGUCAAUGGGAGAAGACUCUUGGGAAGGAAAACAAAAUGGGGAACUAUUGAAGUUGAGAAUAUUGCCCACUGUGAGUUUGCCUACCUGCGGGACCUCCUCAUAAGAAGCCACAUGCAGAACAUUAAAGACAUCACCAGCAGCAUCCACUACGAGAUGUACCGCGUCCGUCGGCUCAACGAGAAUAACACUCAGGCCAACGGCGUGCACCAUCCAGCCUCCCACGAAAUCUAGCGCCCUCAAAUGAACAACCCCUCCGCCCCUGUUCCUUACUCCUCUCCAAUCCCCAACCCUCCAUUUACCUUACGCUCCUUUCCGCCCCCUUCAAUCAGCCAUGGACUGAGGUGAAGAGGUCCAUCAAGAGAAGCACAUAAUGACUUUACCGAGAAACUCCACGGUGCUCUUAAACCCUCAAGCCAUCUGCACGGGCACUGGAGGGCCGAAGAAGGCAAAAAUACAGCUGUUAAAGAGCUUCUCUAUAUACUGCAUGCGUUUGACUCACUCUGUUAAUGCUUCAGGUCUGUGUCUGUGCGUGCAGAGGUUGAUUACGAGGCAGUUUCUGAUUGGUCAAGCUGUGCAAAAAGCUCUUCACAUGCAGCAUCACUCUUCCUUCAAUCGCCAUGGUUAUUUUACAGAAUGCUCAGAACGCUCCUUUUUAUGUGAUUUGUCAAAUGCUCUCUUAAUAUUUAUGCUUAAUUUUGAGCGAGACAGAUACGAGACAAGGCUAAGUCAUCUUUUGAACCCAGAGCUGAUGUGGCAGCACCUUAAAAUUUCCAUUCCACGUUAUAAAACUACAGGAUAUCUGAUAUCUAUACAUACUAAACAAAUACUAGUUGCCUACAGCAUUGUGGAGAACCUGGUGUGUCAUUGUUUCUGCUAUUUGUUUCAUCACAUCUGUGCAAAUAAUUACAGGAAAACUGACUCAUUGGACCCCUAGUACCAUAUAAAAACAUAGUGAUGAUGAGUUACAGGUUUGGGAUUUGUGUUGGAAAGAUUAUCCAAACUGAAUAGUAUUUAUGUGGAUUAAAUGAGAUCGUUACAUACUUUAUACAGACGAUCUUAUUUAUUGCAGAAUGUGACCCGAACUGGACAGAGAAUAGCAGUGCGUUAAAUUAAUUUUAAUGAAUCAUUUAAUUCUGUAUACUGUACACUGUUUUUAUCAGGCAGUAUUCAGUGCCGUUUAUCUUAAACCUUCCAGAACGUCUCAUUCUCUUCCAGUCAUGCUGAAUAUGUGGAAAUCUUUUGUCAGUUUAGGUGUCUUGUUUUGUCUUAGUCUAGAGGUAAGGGCCUACAGGAGAGGAAACUUUAAGUGCCAAAAUGUCUGUGUGCCUUAAAGCUGCCUGCAGCGUUCUUGUCUUCAAACCCCUUUAUUAAUGCUCAUCAUUGGGAAAAUAUCUUUGUUUUGUACUGUGCUGUAUAUUCAUAGUGAUUCAAUUUUUGUAUUGGUAUUCAGAGUAACACAAAUAACUUUGAUAUCCUGUUAUUUUAAAGAAAUAAAGAUUUAAAUGGUAAGUAA